AUGUCAACAACAGAGAACACAACAACUGCUAUCGUUCAUGAAGAUAUAAAUGAAGAAUACGAGUACAUACAGUUUAACAAACAGUUACGUCUCAUUCGUUCGGUCAAAGAUGACAUGUACCAAAUGCAAAGUAUUUUGAAUGCUCUUCGUUCUACAAAGCAAGCAUUUCAUUGGUUUGAAAACCAACAGACAAAAGAACUUUUAGAAGAAUUUCCUCAUAUGUUUGCGACCCUCGGAAAACCGAGGGUCGAGAUUCCGUACGAAAAUCGUCAAAAUUUGCCAAAUGGUUUGAGAGGCUGGUAUGUACAUAGACUUCUUGUAAAUGCUGUUGCAAUGUGGGCUUCGCCUCGCUAUGCUUGUUAUAUUUUCAUGAUGUUAGAUGAAAUUCAUAGACAAGAACGUGAAGAGAUGGAAAAGAAACUUCAAGCAAAAGAUGAAGUCAUUGAAGCAAAAGACAAAAACAUACAGAAAAGAAUACCACGUUCGGUACCAAAAGGAAAGGAAAAGAACUAUAAGUAUAUGAUUUACACUGAAGAGAUGGAAAAUGAAGAAGACAGAGAUAUGGUUAUGUUGCAUUUAGUCAGAAGAAACAACAAAAGCUUUUACGACUUAGCUAAGAUUUACAAAUCUGACAGAAAUUGGUUCUAUCGCGAAAACUUACCGAUUUCAAUGACACCAAAUGAAGAUGUUAAACAGAUAGUUCAAGAUACUUUACCUCAAACACACUAUGAUAUGAAAGGUUGUACAAUACUUACAUUCAAAGAAGACUUACCGCUACUGAAAGAAAAGAUAACAGAGUAUUUUGACAACUUCAAAGAGGAAGAGUAA